GUCGUCGAGAGCAUCACCUUUUCUAACCACAUCCACAACCGUCUUUGCUACAAACAACUCUCAUCUCCACUCUUUUCUACAAACAACUCUCAUCUCCACUGCUACUCCUUACUUUACCUUCAAACACUCCUCUCCCCCACCCACAAUACCCCCACCCAGAAUACCUAAGAUGUCAUCUGACAUCCCCGAGAUGGUUCGCUCGUGUUCUGUGGCUGCGACUUGCGGCAGGCCAUCGAACAUCGACGACCAAGUCAAGCUGCCGAGGAAGCAUCACAAGUACUCGGCACUUCCGGUGUCGGCAUUGGGAGCUUCGUGGCACGCAUCGCGACCCGACGAGGCGCAGAUGAACCCGAUCGAUAAUGCGAACGGCAAAGCCAACAGCAAGAAGACUGGCAAGGCCAGUGACAAGACGACGACUGACGGGCACUCACUGUUGACUUCGACUCUUGUGGAUCUUACCUCAAGAUUGGAAUACUACCAGAAGACGGCCACUCCAGUCGCUGCUGCCUCGAGCGAUAACCCGACCAACGUCAGCCCUAAUAUCCUUUCGAGUUUUUCCAUGAGUGACCAUCAAAUUCUCGAUACCAACCCCAGCAGGGCUAUUGGUGAAAACGCCUUCAAUCUCGGCUUCCGCUCCGGUCGAGUAUACCAAGGAGCCUACCAGCACGGCUACCACAAAGGUUUUAUUGAUGGUCUUGGCAUGGCCAUCGUUAACCUCGAGAACAUCAUCCGUCAGCAGACCGAGAAGGCCGAUCUCAAGGAGACUGAAGAAGGACGUUACAAGAAGGACAAACUCAAGAAGGUUGAAGGACACACCGAUAAACCCCACAUCAAGGAAGCCGACGGAGGAGACGAGCGCCGUACCGAUGUGCCUCGCGAAACGUUGAGAAGGUAAAUACCAGCAGACACUAAGCUUUGAUUCUAUGUUGCUAGAAUCAUCGCGAGAAAUGACGCACCUUUCUCUGUUUCUUGACAGCAUGGUUCGAUUUGAACGAAUAAAAAUUACUUUGGG